UCCGUAACAUUUCCUAAUCACUAUACAAUUGCUACGGGUCUUUAUCCUGAAUCUCACGGAAUUGUUGGGAAUGAAUUUUAUGAUCCUGAUCUUGAUGACGAUUUUUAUUAUACUAAUCCUAAUAAAAGCUGGGAUUCAAAAUGGUGGGGUGGUGAACCGAUUUGGAUAACUGCUGUAAAACAAGGCCAGAAAUCUGGUGUAUCGCAAUGGGUCGGAACUUCCUCUGUCAUUAAAGGACAUAUUCCAACUUAUCAUUAUCCUUAUAUUCCUAAUGUUACUAUUGAUGAAAAGGUCGGUCAAAUAAUGAAUUGGUUGGAUCUUCCGUUAAAUGAAAGACCAACAUUCCUUGCUGCUUAUGCAAGUGAAGUUGAUACUGCUGGUCACAAAUUUGGUCCUGACUCUGUAGGCGUAAAUGAUUCUCUUAAAUAUGUUGAUAAUUUUGCGCUUGGCCUUUGGGAAGAUAAUGUUUUCAACGUUUCAAAAGUUCGUCCAUUAGAAUGUAGACCAUUGGCUGGAAUUCGUCCUUAUAACGACUCUGAUAUUAAUGAUAUAUAUUUAUCUUUGAAAGAUGCGAGUCAAAAUCAGCCUUGGCAAUGUUAUCUUCGUGACGAAAUACCUGAACGUUUUCAUUUUCGUGCUUCUCAUCGUAUAUCUCCGAUCUUUUGUAUUCCUCCUGUAGGAUGGAUUCUCUCCACUCAUCGUGAUUUUGGUAAAUCAUCUCCAAAAGGAACUCAUGGUUAUGAUAAUCUUGAACCUGAAAUGAGAGGAAUAUUUUUAGCUUCAGGUCCUGUAUUUAAGGAAAUAGCUUCGAAAAAAAAGACGAAUGUAGUAAAAGGUUUUUUUAAUUUCGAAGUUUAUAAUAUAGUGGCAAAAAUUUUGGGGUUAACUCCCGCUGAGAACAAUGGCACUGUUG